GUACAACACUAGAGCACGAGAAAUCGAAGAGGUUUUUGAAUAACAAAUUAUAAUUCUCGCAUUCUCGUCUCGUCUUGUCUCCAGCUUUUCGAGAUUUUAAUAUCAAAAAUUGUAAACUAGAUAAUGUUCUUAUUGGUGUUUUCAGAAUAAUCUAACCAAAAUCAAUAACGUAUUUCAAAUAUGGCUAAUAGUAACGAGGAGUCCACUAGUGGAUCUGAAGAUAAUAAAUUAGUGCCAAGCGAAAUUGGUGCUACGGAGAACGAUAUAGCUGUAGCUACAAGUGAUGAUAGCAGAGAUAUCAAUGCUGAAAUCGAUGAACAGCGACGACGAAUGCAACCUACUAAAUUGGAAUCAUUUUUUGCCAUAACCAAGUCCCUCAUCCUAAGGGCCUUAGUAGUUUAUUUUAUCACAUCAAUGUUCCGCCAACCAUCCGCUCCUAAAACAGAUAUAACAAGUCCUACAGGGACGCCACGCGUGGCUGCCACCAACAUGUUCUCUAAUGGUACAUUAUUAGAUAUGUAUUGUUAUCUAACUGAAAAAGAGAGUUUUUCUAAUUUUGACUCUAGCAAAUUGAUAUGGAAACAUACUGGCCUUGUAUAUGGAGAUUGGUAUGGAGGGCCCAAUGGGGAUGGUACAUUCACACAUUCAUUAAAUUUCAAAGCUUCAGAUACCUUAAAGAACAAUGGUUCCAUAUAUCUUCAUGUAUUUAUUGUACCUACGGGAAAAUCACCUGAUCCCAAUGAUAAACAAAAUUAUGCUUUAGGAAGAUAUACAUAUGGCAAGAAAAUGUUAAAUAAAUACAAGAAAAUGCGUUACCUAAAAACACAUAACCUGCUCACUGGACAAACAGAAAAAUCUGCUGUAGAAAUACAGAAAGCAGAAACACUAAAAGAAGAAAUUGUGUCACACUGGCAUCCUAAUCUGACAGUAAAUCUGGUAACAGAUCAAACUAACUGGAUGCAAGGUAGUGUGCCUCCUCCUCUAGAUGAAUUUAUUUAUUUCUUACCUGAUGGUAAAGAGUACAAACCAGCUGUAUUUUUAAAUGAUUACUGGAAUAUGAUGCGAGACUAUUUCCCAAUCAAUGACACUACUGAAAGCCUUACAUUGCAAUUGACAUAUCAGCCUCUAAGCCUUUUCAAAUGGCAGCUGUAUACAGCCCAAGCAAUGCGUGACAAACUAAGCAUGUUUUCAGCAUUAGGAGGCGAGGAGCAAGAUGAAGAACAAGACACAGUUAAAGAAUUGCUUUUAGAUACAUCUCCAUAUUUAUUGGCAUUGACCAUAUCAGUCUCAGUAUUACAUUCAAUAUUUGAGCUAUUAGCUUUCAAAAAUGACAUUCAGUUCUGGAACAAUAGGCAGUCAUUAGAAGGCCUGUCUGUAAGAUCUGUUUUCUUCAAUGUCUUUCAAUCAACAGUUGUUCUUCUAUAUGUUCUUGACAAUGAAACAAAUGUGAUGGUCAGAAUAUCUUGCUUCAUUGGCUUAAUGAUUGAAGUAUGGAAGAUAAAUAAAGUUAUGGAUGUGAAGAUCAAUAGAGAAGAUCGCAUAUUUGGCAUUCCAAAGUUAACAUUUACAGAUAAAGGUUCAUAUGUACAGUCUAGUACCAGAGAGUAUGAUACUUUAGCUUUCCGUUACCUCAGCUGGGCAUGUUUUCCUCUCCUAAUUGGCUAUGGUGUAUACUCACUGCUGUACCAAGAACAUAAAGGAUGGUAUUCUUUUAUCCUAAACAUGAUGUACGGUUACCUUUUAACCUUUGGAUUUAUCAUGAUGACACCUCAAUUGUUUAUAAACUACAAGUUAAAGUCAGUGGCUCAUUUGCCAUGGCGCAUGAUGACAUACAAAUUCCUUAAUACGUUUAUUGAUGAUAUUUUUGCAUUUGUUAUAAAAAUGCCUACAAUGUACCGAUUGGGUUGUUUCAGAGAUGACAUAGUGUUCUUUAUUUUCUUGUAUCAGCGUUGGAUCUACAAAGUUGACCAUAAACGUGUCAAUGAAUUUGGUUUCUCUGGAGAAAUGGAGCAACAGCAGAAAAAUUCCAACAAUACACCAGCUAUUACUGAGAAAGAAGAAACAGCUGAUAAAAAGAAUGAUUAAACCCAUU